AUGAAGGCAGUGCUGAUUCUUGGCUUCCUUGUAGCUGCAGCCUUCAGCAAGAAGCUCUUUGCUGGAGACCAGGUUCUCCGCAUCAGAGCAAGCGAUGAAGAGCAGCUGGCCCUCCUGAAGGAACUGGAGGGAUGGGAGGAUUUACAGAUUGACUUCUGGCUAAGUCCAUCUAAGCUGAACCUCCCAGUGGACAUGAGAGUCCCCUUCCAGAGCCUCCAAGCCGUCAAGAUCUUCUUGGAGUCGAAGGGCAUUCCAUAUUCUAUCCUGAUCAAAGACCUUCAGGAUUUGCUGGAUAAAGAAAAAGAAGACAUGCUGCUCGCUAGGAAAUCUGACAGGAGCACAGGGAAAUUCAGCUUCUCUGCCUAUCACACCAUAGAAGAGAUCUACAGCUGGAUGGAUGAUUUUGUGGCUGAAAACCCAGAACUGGUCAGCAAAAUCCAGAUUGGGCAGAGCUAUGAAGGACGGCCAAUCUACGUUCUGAAGUUCAGCACAGGAGGGGAGAAGCGCCCCGCCAUCUGGAUUGACACUGGAAUUCACUCUCGUGAAUGGAUCACUCAGGCGACAGGGCUGUGGACAGCUAACAAGAUAGCCAGUGAAUUUGGCAAGGAUGCCUCGUUGACUGCCAUCCUAGAUUCUGUGGACAUCUUCUUGGAGAUCGUCACUAACCCUGAUGGGUUUGCUUACACUCACAGCACGAACCGCAUGUGGCGCAAGACUCGAUCAAUCAAUCAUGGAUCAUCCUGCAUUGGAGUGGACCCCAACCGAAACUGGGAUGCCGGGUUUGGAGGUCCUGGAUCCAGCAGCAACCCCUGUGCAGAAACCUACCACGGGGCCUUCCCUCACUCGGAGAGUGAAGUGAAAUCCAUUGUGGACUUCAUCCUAGACCAUGGAAAUGUGAAAUCCGUGAUCUCCAUCCACAGCUAUUCCCAGAUGCUGAUGUUCCCCUAUGGCUAUAAGCCAGAGCCUGCUCCUGACCAUCAGGAACUGAAUGACCUCGCUCGAGAAGCUGUAUUGGCCUUAACUGCGGUAGAUGAUACAGAAUACACCUUUGGUAGUACGAUUGACACCAUAUACCAGGCUGAUGGAACCACCAUUGACUGGAGCUACGACAAUGGAGUCAAGUAUUCCUACACUUUUGAACUGAGGGACAAGGGCCGCUAUGGCUUUAUCCUGCCUGCUGAUCAGAUCAUCCCAACGGCAGAAGAAACCUGGGUAGCACUCAUGAAGAUCAUGGAACAUGUGCGGGACCACCCUUAUUAACCAAGGGGGUUGUGGGUGGUGGAGCUAAUACGCCAUUACUUUUGGGUGGGUAGCAUUAUACUAGAGGCUUUUCCAGAUGGCAACUUAUUCUAACUUGAACACAAAUUUCUAUGGAAUUUGUUUCCCUCCAUUCCACAGAACAUCAAGGGAUGUCGCAC